AUGAGGAAGACGUCAAGAGGAGCCGUGAGAAGUCAAAGACGCCGGAGAUCCAAGUCUCCCAUCCUCCACCCUCCAAAGUUCACCUACUGUGGUUCCAAGAUGUCGCCCUUGCCUGGCCACCUGAAACACAAGAGCCUGCCAGAGGCCGAGGGUUGCAGCUCCUCCCUGGGGAUCCCCGCCAAGAAGGAACUACUCUCCUCGGGCCACUCCUCCCCUGUGUUUGGCGGUGCUGGCUAUGAGCCCCACACCCCUGCUGCCUCUGGGGAAGGCCCCACAGCCAGGCUGGAGGGCAGCCCCAGACGGCCCCUGUCUGAAGACAAGGGUGUCCCAGAGGCAGCUCCCUGCGUAAGGGCUGAAGCCAAAACUGGAGCUGUGCCCUCUGACUUCAGGUCCCUGUCAAAGCUCCACAAGGGCGGGGGCCCGUGCAAGUGUCAGUGCCAAUGUCAGUGCCCGGGCUGGCAGGGCGUAGAGGUCUACUCCUUCACGGGCCUCCGUAACAUCCUCUCGGAGUGCGAGAGGAACCUGGCGAGCCCCGAGGACACGUCCCAGACCUCCCCGCACCAGAGAACUCAGACCGACGGGUCCACCACAUCAGCAUCAAGCUCCCCGCGUUCCUGUUCCGAACAGGCCCGGGCCUACGUUGAUGACAUCACAAUAGAGGACCUUUCUGGUUACAUGGAGUAUUAUCUUUAUAUCCCCAAGAAAAUGUCACAUAUGGCCGAGAUGAUGUAUACUUAA